UCCAGAUCGAUUGACUCAAAGCUAGCUCUGCGCGACACCAGCAGACAAAGCUCACGCCGUUGCUCGUUCAUAAGACAUAUUUACCCCUACCUCGAUCCGAAUCACCAAUUGCGCGCUGCUGCUGCUGCUUCGAUUCGUAGCGUACGCCCUGCCCGCGGCGGCCCCUCGACCAUGUCUUCCCCACGAACACACACCCUCACCCCUCUCGCAACCCUCACACCGCCAUCCAACUCACGAACAUGGCAAUCGGCGCCCCACCCUACUCUCCCUAUUGUCGCAACAGCAUGUUCCGACCGCAGCGUCCGCGUGUACAGCUUGACCUCCUUUACGCUCCUGCACUCGAUAACCGGAGGCCAUAAACGCAGUGUACGCACCGUUUCCUGGAAACCUGGCACGCGGGGGCAGAGCGUGCUUGCGACGGGGAGUUUUGAUUCGAGCGCGGGGAUAUGGCGGCGGGAAGAAGGCGGCGGUGCUGUGGGUGGCAUGGAGCGCGACUUCACGGAUGCAGGCGGACGAACCGGCGGAUGCAUGGAUGAAGACAACUUUGACACAGUCUCGGACCAUGACGACGCCGACGACUAUCAAUUCUCUUGUAUUCUCGACGGGCACGAAUCGGAGAUCAAGUGCUUGGCAUGGUCACCCUCGGGCCAAUAUCUAGCUACCUGCUCCCGUGACAAGAGCGUGUGGAUAUGGGAGGAGCUCGAGGACGACAACUUUGAGACGGUCGCCGUACUACAAGAACACGACGGCGACGUCAAAUCCGUGGCAUGGCACCCAGAAGAAGACUUGCUGGUUAGCACGAGCUACGACGACACUGUCCGGUUGUACAGGGAAGAUGCAGACGACUGGGUGCAGGUGGCUAUGAUUGAUGGGCACAAGGAGACAGUCUGGUGGGCUGAGUUUGAAGGCAGCGGCAUGAGUAAAAAGGACUACAGGAAAGACACGGCAGGGCUGGCAGCCGAGCAAACACAACACAUGGAGGAACUGGAGAGAUCAGGACCUAGAUUCGCGACCUGCUCGGAUGACUGCACAGUUCGCAUAUGGCGGAGACGGCCGCGAGAGAGAGACGAGUAUGCCGAGCGCAACACGGGCAUACCCAGUAUUAUUCGUUCUGCGGCCAUUGACGAGGACUGGCAUCAGGAGGCUGUGCUACCUAAAGCUCAUGAACGCGCCGUCUACUCGGUCAGUUGGAGUCGAAGGACGGGGUUGAUUGUUAGCGCGGGGAGUGACGGGAAGAUUGUGGUCUACAAGGAGAGGUGGAGAGAACAACAAGCUGCUCCGGAUACCGACAACGGGGAUGCGGACAAGUCGUUGACUGAGUGGGUGGUUAUUGCGGAGCUAUUCUCAGGGCACGACGUGUUUGAGAUCAACCAUGUUUGUUGGGCGAGGAGAGCAGACAAGGGCAAGCGGUCAGAAGAUGAGGAGAUCAUACUGAGUACGGGCGAUGAUGGCGAAGUAAGGGUGUGGACUUUGGACGACGACGCAGCCGUUCCUACGUAGGUUAGCAAGGUUUCCUUGAUGUUGUUCAUAUGCAGAUGCGUCAUGGCAAUUGUGCCAAAUGCAAGGAAUCAGGAUGGCAAAUGCCACACGUGGGUUGGCUAUGUGGCGCAGGGAGCGUCGGGCGGACUUUCGUCAUGCCAAGCCGUGCCGAUCAGAUCAGGAUUCAAGGAAGCGCGAAAUUUAUUAGGAUGAUGUUAGGUGUACUCUACGCGUGUUCAACAACUACUAGACCUCGCCGUCAAAUCCGC